AUGCUGAGCUUUCAGGAAGUCUCCGUUGCAUACUUCAUGCAAGCAUAUGUUCCCGGUGAAAACCUUCUCCCCACAUUCAAGAUCCACAAGCUCCAGAUAGCAGAUUUUGGGAACGAGCGCGGGAUGUACCCUGGCCAGGCCGGUCUGUGUUCAUUCUUCAACGAGGUCUUUAAGGAGUCCGGCUAUGUAUACCUCUGUGCGUACUCGAGCGACGCUUAUGUGGACCAGGUUGCUCCUGGCUUCAUAGAUGAAGACGCAGACGAUAAGUGGCGCCCGAACAUUGGGGUGUACUCGACUCUAGCUCCGGCGAAGGGAGCGUUUGACCCAUCGAGCGCGGAAUGCAGUGAAGUUGACGACGCGCCUGAUGAGAUCAACUCCGCACCAGACGAUGGGGACCCACUCUCGCUGCUGCUGGAAGUCAACAGCGACCCAAACAACACUUCCUCUCUCCACGGAGCCCCAAAUACCGUCCUACUCAACGACUUGGAACGUCAGCUCUCACAGGGUCAGAUCAUACACUACGUCCAGGAGGUCUUCAGCCGCCAACAUCGGAUCUUCGUGUUCAUCAUUGCCGUUCGUGGAAGCUCCGCCCGCCUCUGUCUUUUCGAUCGCGCUGGGGCUGUCAUCUCCGCGCUUUUCGACUACGUCGACGAUCCGGCAAUGCUCGCCACAUUUCUCUACCGCUUCGCCAAGAUGUCGCGCGAGCAGCGUGGACACGACCCUACUGCCACACUCGCGACCGACGUGGAGGAAGCGCAUUUCAGGACCCUGUGGAAGACGUUCGGCUCCGAUCCCGACUCUGCGAUCACCCGCGGCCUGAAGAAAGCCGCCACUCCUGGUUGGCCUGUCUACGCAUUGGACAUCUUUUCGCCAUGGUCGGAGAGGGACACGUUCUUGGACGUCCAGGCUACGAAGGCGCCUACGCACCAUCGUUGCCUCGUCGGGCGGCCCGCCUACGUCGGCGCGUCCAUGUGCGGCAAAGGCACCCGAUGCUUCGUGGCAUGGAGCGACGCAGAGCAGAGUGUGCUGUUUAUCAAGGAUAGCUGGCGGGAGAUGUCGGAGAACGCCCCAAGCGAAUUUAACAACUACCAGCUACUCUAUCGCAACCUCGGCACAGAUGUCUACAAGUUCUACCCAACCGUGCGCGCGGGAGGUGACGUUGUGUGGGCGCCCCAGAACGCGAGGGAUAUUGGCCUGUCCGAACACUCGUCGCAGGGCGGAAGAUACUACGCCACUGCCCGAGCAGCGCCGCAGGAUACCUGCUCGCACAGGGUCGCGUUGCACCUGGCAACUCCGAGGAGACAUACUCGGCUAGUCCUGCAGCAGGUAUGCCGAACGCUCGAGGACUUCAAGCAUCCACGGGAGCUGGUUUUUGCCCUGAUGGUUGCUGUUAUGGCGUGGAGUGACGCGAAACUGCUGCAUGGCGACAUAAGCCCCGGAAAUAUCUUGAUCUACGACCCGCCCGACGGAGAGACGGAAUGCUUCCUCUCGGACUGGGAUCUGGGGCGGACUGUCGAUCAGCUCCAGUGCCGGAGGCAGACGCAGCUGCCCCAUUCAGGAACGUGGCAGUUUACAUCGGGGCUCCUGCAGCAUUACCCCCACAAGCCCUACGAGCUUGCGGACGAGCUAGAAGCGUUUGUCCACGUCCUGAAUUGGUGUGCGCUGAAGUACCUCCGGCACUCCCUCAGCGGCAGCGGGAACUCUGCACUUCUUGCCCAGACCUUCCACGACUUCUACGGUUGGAUCAUACCCGGAAGCAGUAGCGCAAAGUUUCUCUAG